AUGCUGAGCGACAACCGCAUGCGAGCGAGCCUGCAGGUGGCUCCCCUGGAGCUUACCAAGUCUCGACCUGAAGAGACAAACAAUGGCUCUUCCUCACACGACCGGGCCCCCAAAGGCGAAUCAAAUCUGGACAGUUCAAACCCACGCUCGCACAUAACACCGCCCGUUACUCCUCAAGGCUCACAGGAGGAUCUCAGUUCUCGACCCGAGUCUCAUAUACCGCCCAUCUUCCACAAUUUCCUCCGCGCCUUUUACCCGUUUCACCCGACUCUCGCAAUGUCCGAUUCAAGCGUCACCCUGCCACUGGAUGAAGGAGAUGUUGUUUUAGUACACUCGAUCCACACCAAUGGUUGGGCAGAUGGAACGCUGCUGGCUUCCGGCGCAAGAGGAUGGCUUCCGACCAACUACUGCGAGGCAUACGAGCCCGAGGAAAUGCGGAAUCUCCUGAAAGCAUUGCUCAACUUCUGGGAUCUGCUGCGGAUCACAACCAUUGACGAGGGACACAUGUUUCAGAGUCAGGAGUUUAUGAAGGGCCUCAUUGGCGGAGUGCGAUAUCUGCUGGCAACUUUGGAGCGCACCCAGUGCUUAAAUCGAGAGUCUAUUCUCAUUCAGCGAUGCGACGCUCUGCGCAGGUGCCGUAAAUCACUUCUUUCAGAGCUCUCCUCGCUCGUCAAGACGUCAAAGCAGCUCCAGGACCUCCAACUAGUGGCGUUGGACUUCCCCGAAGAGAUCAACGACGUUGUUGACCAGAUGAUAUUAAAAGCAUUCAAGAUAAUCACCAAGGGUGUUCGGUUCCUCGAUGUUUUGGACGAUAACAGGCGGACUCACUCUGCUUCGCUUGCAACCGAAACUUUGCCCCCCGUUAUUGAGGAGACGUGUGUUCCUCCUACACCUCCCGCAGAUAGGGCAGCAUUUGGCGAGGCGACACCAGCUGUGACGGAUGGCCGUGCUUCUGCCAGCGCAGCUGCCGGGGAUGCUGCUUCUCGUGCAUCUGGUGAGACCAGUACCGUUGUUCGACCAGGGCAAAGCAACCGCUGGAGCAAGCGAUUAUCGUCCCUGACCGCGCAGGCUGCUGGCCCUCAUUCACGUCCACACUCCCAAGCCAGCGUGAACCGCCUCUCCACGAGCAUGGCUCACAGAUUGUCACUGGCUGGACCAUCUCCGCUUUCUCGCCCCCAUCACCUGGUGUCUGAGCGUCUAAGUAAAAGUCACGACAAGUUUCUUUCGCAUCUUGGCUCGUUCAUUGGUCGUUUGCAUCUCCAGUCUCAGUCACGACCGGAGCUUGCAACUGCCAUCAAGCAAUCCGCCAUUUCUGGUGGAGAACUCCUGGCGGUCGUGGAUGCAGUUUGUGCGCAAGGCAGCUCCAUGAUUGGCCCACUGGGCAUGUCACGGGAGGCCUUGCUUGAGCGUAUCCGGGACCUGGUGUUUGCUGCUCGAGAUACUCUGGCGAAUGCGGAAAUGGAGGGGGCCGAUAUAAUUCUGCCGCAGGACAAUACCCUCAUGCUCAUGUCCGCGACAGGUUGUGUGAGAGCAGCUGGCGAAUGCGUUGCAUUGACAAAGGGUGUGAUCGAGAGAACGGGGGAUUUCGAGCUCGAGUCUGCUGGCAAUGCUCUUCAGCUAGACCUCAGCGUUCUGGAUGCCACGGCGACAAGAUCAAGGACACCAUCGGUUGCAGAGAGGUCCGACGUUGCCAGCAUCACCGGCUCUGCCCACACCGCAGAGUCGAUGAGCUCUUCCACUAGGCGGCCAAGCGUCGUAGCACUUGAUAAGCCUCUACCCCGAGUCCCCGAAAGCCAGCCUGACGAAGCAACAACCCCCCAGGCCCAAUCUCCCAAGACGUCUCGGCCUUCUUCGGUGGCGGAAGGAGCUGUAUCCAGCCCAGCAUCCUCUGCUACAUCCGUUGGCCGAACGCUCCCACCGUUGCCCCGACUUACUACCACUCCCAUGCCCUACCAGAGUGCAGAGGACAGCGGUUCUGCCCGUGCGCAGGAUCCCCAUUCCUCUUUCGAUAGCAUGGCUGGCUCUAGUGCUGGCAGCAGCACGACCUACAUGAGUAGGGAUUCAGAGGUCAGCCUCGUGUCCCAGACCUCAACACGCGCCACUACCCCUGAUCAUACAACAGUCCCUUCAGCAGCCCCCCGUAGCCAACCUUCCAUCUCCGAGUUGAGCGCUACGGGAAGCGCUCAUUCUACUCACGACGAGGAUGCCGACGAUGUCGAGUCCAAAAUACUGAUGAAGACAUAUGCGCAUGAGCUCAUAUUCAACAAAGAAGGCCAAGUGACGGGCGGCACACUGCCGGCACUGGUCGAGCGCUUAACGACGCAUGAGGCCACCCCUGAUGCGACAUUCGUCUCAACCUUCUACCUGACCUUUAGGCUAUUCUGCACGCCCGUGCAGUUGACGGAGGCGCUCAUCGACCGAUUCGAAUACGCGGCAGAAUCACCCAAAACGUCAAGUCCUGUCCGUCUGCGGGUAUAUAAUGCCUUCAAGGGCUGGCUUGAGUCGCAUUGGCGUGACCAGGCGGACCGUGACGCGCUCAAGCUCAUUAUCCCCUUUGCAGAGGAGCGCCUCAACGCCGUACUGCCAUCUGCCGGCACCCGUUUGUUGGAAUUAGCGAACCGCGUUUCUGGGGAGGGCGCGCUGGUGCCUCGGCAUGUGUCCUCCAUGGGCAAGGCCAACACGGCUAUCGGCCAAUAUGUACCGGCAGAAUUGCCACUUCCAUCUCCCAUCCUCUCCAAGGGUCAGCUGAACGCGCUGCACUCCUUCAAGGCUGGCAGCGCUGCACCCACCAUACUUGACUUUGACCCGCUGGAGCUCGCUCGGCAGUUGACUAUCAUGCAGAUGAACAUCUUCUGCUCCAUCCUGCCCGAGGAGCUCUUGGCUUCUCAGUGGAUGAAGAAGGGUGGAGUGGAUGCUCCCAAUGUCAAGGCGAUGUCUUCAUUAUCCACAGACUUGUCCAACAUGGUUGCCGAGACCAUCCUCCAGCAUACCGAGCUCAAAAAGCGUGCGGCCGUCAUCAAGCAGUGGAUCAAGAUUGCACAGCAGUUCCUGGAGCUACACAACUACGAUGGCCUGAUGGCCAUUAUCUGCACGCUCAACAGCAGCACCAUCACUCGCCUGCGCAAGACUUGGGAUGCGAUAUCACAGAGGCGGAAGGACGCUCUCCGCAGCUUACAGGACAUUGUGGAACCGUCGCAGAACAACAAGGUCCUUCGCACCAAACUGCAUGACCAUGUCCCCCCUUGCCUGCCAUUCCUUGGCAUGUACCUGACUGACUUGACUUUUGUUGACAUUGGCAAUCCGUCGACGAAGCAAGUCUCGCUAGGCAGCGAAUCCGAGGAAGACGGUGCAGGAGGUUUAACAGUCGUCAAUUUUGACAAGCAUACGCGGACAGCCAAGAUUAUCGGCGAGCUUCAGCGAUUUCAGAUCCCUUAUCGGCUGACGGAGCUGCCUGAAAUGCAGGAGUGGCUGUCCGCGCAGUUUCAGCUCAUCCGCGAAGGGGACCAUGGCAAUGUCCAAGUGACAUACUACCGCAAGAGUCUUUUGCUUGAGCCUCGCGAAACGGCGGCGGCGAGACGGGACUCCGAGACUCCGGCCGGAGCUGCGACGGCAUCAACACCAUCUGCCCGAACAGAUCUCUUCGGCUGGAUGACGCGAAGUGGCCAGAGUUCCACACCAACACAGCCAUGA